GGAAAGUUAAAGUCAUUGCUAAAUCUAUCUAUACUCAUUCUGUGAAGAAAAGGACAAUCUCUAGUAACAUCAUUGAACUGUUCUAUUUUAGCAUCUACUAAUGAAGAAGUGAAAAUUGGACCAGAGAAUGGCCAAUACUUAUGUCACUGCAUCUGAUGGGUAUUGUCUUGCUGAACCAGUGCAGUACUACGAUAUUUUGCCAGAACAAAUCAAUUAUCAGCUGUACGACAUUGAUUUUCAAGAAUCACCUUAUUGCCAGUAUUCUACUGUCCAGUUUCCUCCAGCUGUACAGUCCCAAUCUUUACAAAGUCAUCUCAACACUUAUAGCUUGGAUCCACAGUUCAGUGGUGGAGAGUAUGGACUUCUUUCCUGUGAAUUAAAUAAAUCCACUUACGUGGUUGCCCACAAUGCUGAAGAUGGUUACCCUGGAAUAAAGAGGUCCAGAAUAACUCAUUCUUCCAUUCGUAUUAAGGGACAGGAAGAACUCUGUGUAGUUUGUGGUGAUAAAGCAUCAGGAUAUCAUUACAAUGCACUUACUUGUGAAGGUUGCAAAGGGUUUUUUCGACGUAGCAUCACCAAAAAUGCAGUAUAUAGUUGCAAGAAUGGUGGUCACUGUGAAAUGGACAUGUACAUGCGUAGAAAAUGUCAAGAGUGCAGACUAAAAAAGUGUAAGGCAGUAGGAAUGUUGGAAGAAUGUUUGCUCACAGAAAUCCAGUGCAGAUCAAAGAGACUUCGAAAGAACUUUAAGCAGAAGAAUAAUUUUUACUCUAACAUCAAAGUGGAAGAGGAAGGGAUUCAGGAGAGCAUGGAACUAACUCAAGAGGAACAUCAGCUCAUUAACAACAUCGUGGCCGCUCAUCAAAAAUAUGCAAUUCCAUUAGAAGAAACAGAAAAAUUUCUGCAGGGAUAUGCAAAUCCUGAACUGAUCUUCUUGCGACUCUCAGAGACAGUUGUCCUACAUAUACAGAGGUUAAUGGAUUUCACCAAGAGACUCCCAGGAUUUGAAAAUUUGACCAAUGAGGAUCAGACUGCAUUACAGAAGGGGUCAAAAACUGAAGUGAUGUUCCUUCAUGUGGCCCAAGUUUACAGUCAAAAAGAAUGUCUUUCAUCAACUUCUGAAAGUGAAAAAGCUACUAUGAAAAUAUCAGAUCAUUCAGAUCAUUCACUGAAUUGUCAUGAUCAAAGUGGUGAUAGAAGUGCUAUUUAUCCUAUGGAAACAUUUUGCAAUGAAGAUUGUCCUUCUGCUAUGCUGACUGGUAUUGCUGAAGAAUUUAUUACCACACUGUAUUACUUCUGUAGAAGAAUGAGUGAGCUUAGUAUUACUAAUACUGAAUAUGCUCUGCUUGCAGCCACAACAGUGUUUUUUUCAGAUCGUCCGUGCGUUAAAAAUAAGCAACAUGUGGAAAAUUUACAAGAACCAGUUUUACAAAUUUUGUACAAAUAUUCAAAAAUUUAUCAUCCAGAAGACCUACAGCAUUUUGCUCGUCUCAUAGGGAGGCUCACUGAACUGAGAACACUGAAUCACAACUACUUAGAAAUACUUAGCAUUUGGAAAACAAAGGACUCCAAAUUGGCUAGUUCACUCUCUGAGAAAUGGAAUUUGUAUUCACUUUGCUGAAAUUUUAGAAUGUUGUGGUUUGUCUUAAACUUCCUAAAUCUAGAUUGUUUACGCUAUGAUCACAGGAUACUGAUUUGAAAAACAUGAACAGAAUUGCUGUUACGAAUAUAUUGCCAUAAAAUGGACAUCAUCAAGGGCUCAUCAAAUUUUGUGGAAUAUAGGACCACCACUAGAGGGACAUCUAGUAUUCUUUUCAAGAUUCGUCCCCAAAGAAGCAAUGGUUAUUGUUACUGCAUGGUUUGUUCAGAAGGGAGUAGUACUAAAUAGAGCUCUUACCUGAAGAAACUCUCCUUAUUUUCAUUUAGUAGAAAAUUGAAUGAAAAUAUAUAGAUUAUUUGAAGACAUAAAAGAGAUUAUUUAGUGGAAACAGUUGUAAUCAGAAUAAAAGCAGUUGUGAACCUCUUUAAGGCUAGAUUGGUGGAUAAGGAACUAACAUUUUAAACUUAUUUCUGUUAUAGCAUUUUAUAAAUUAUU